UUGCCAAGCUGGACGAGUUGGGCUCUGAUCGCUCGAGAACAGGCUCUCACACACCGCUCCCUCUUGCGUCCAUUCAGGAGGAACAGUAUGUAGGCGACGGAAGCGAGGAACCUGCACCUCUGCUGCCACACUCUGCCUAUCGGGACGCAGAGACCAUCACUGAUGUGUGUAACAGCACCGAGCUCCCUGAGGUGGAGAUCAUCAGCCUGUUGGAGGAGAAGCUCCCGGUGUACAAGCUGAGGGCCGACAGCGUGUACGGCUAUGAGCACGACGACUGGCUGCACACUCCUCUCAUCUCUCCGGACACACACAUCGACCUGACGGCUGAGCAGAUCGAGGAGACCCUCAACUACUUCUUGCUAUGCGCUGAACGAGUGGGCCAGAUGACUAAGACCUACAAUGACAUCGAUGCUGUCACCAGACUUCUGGAAGAGAAAGAACGGGACCUGGAACUGGCUGCUCGGAUUGGCCAGUCCCUGCUGAAGAAGAACCGGAUUUUAUCCGAGCAGAAUGACUACCUAGAAGAACAAGUGGGGAACAUCAGAGAGGAGGUGGCCCAGCUCCAUCAUGAGCUAAAUCUGAAAGAUGAGCUUUUGCAGUUCUACACCAACGCAGCGGAGGAGAGCGAGGAGGAUGCCACGUCUUCGCAAGGUCGGCAUGGCAGGAUGCCGCUGCCUUUCCUGAGCGGCUCCAAUGUGGAUGUGCUUCAGAAGAAACUCAGAGACCUUGAAGAGGAGAACCUCUCUCUCCGAUCAGAGGCGAGCCAUCUGAAGUCAGAGACAGAGACGUAUGAAGAGAAAGAGCAGCAGCUGGUGAACGACUGUGUGAAGGAACUCAGACAGUCCAGUCUGCAGAUCUCCACCAUAGCGGAGGAACUGACCAGGAAGACAGAGGAUGCGGCUCGCCAGCAGGAGGAAAUCACACACUUGCUCUCGCAGGUUGUCGACUUGCAGAAAAAGGCCAAAACGCACGCUCUGGAGAAUGAGGAGCUGUCUCAGCAUCUGGUGGCAGCUAAAGACGCCCAGAGGCAACUCACAGCUGAGCUUCAGGAGCUCGGGGAAAAGUAUUUGGAGUGUAUUGAGAUGCUGCAUGAGGCUCAGGAAGAGCUGAAGAACCUGCGGAACAGGAGUGUGUCUGCUGGAACACCGCGACGUUACCAUCCUCUUGGACCGUUCCCUAUGGACUCUCUGGCCGCUGAAAUUGAGGGCACUAUGAGGAUGGAGUUGAGUCAUGAGCACCCUGAACACGAGGAGCAAAAGGUGCGUCAUAAGCGUGUGUUUGAGACGGUUAAAAACAUUAACCAGUCAGUCAGGCAACGCUUGCUGCCUCCGCCUUCUGCUAAUAUCCCAGGCUCCAAUCAGACACUCUCGUCCCUAAGUUCCGCCCUCUCUGACAGCAACACUGACAACAUGGCUGCCCUUGAUAACCGUGAACAAAGCAUGCUCCUGGAGGCGGAGUCAUCAGAUGCCAGUUCUGAUGGCCCUGAGAAGCGUUCUAGCUCAGAAGACCUGAAGCUGGCAUUGCGCCGGCUCUCACUGCGCCGGCAGAACUGCCUGAGUGAACGCCGUUUCUUUGAGGAGGCGCGUGAGAGGAGGCAUCAUGAUACUCCACUUCUGUCUGGCAUCGUGUCUGGAGAGAGCAUCAUGUCGCUGGGUGUGUGGCCGAGCCGGCCGUAUCUCCCAGACAAGCUGCAGAUUGUCAAACCAUUGGAAGGCUCCGCCACCUUGCAGCACUGGCAGCAGUUAGCUCAGCCUAACCUAGGCGGGAUUUUGGACGCCCGUCCCGGUGUCGUCCCUAAGGGUUUCCGUCCUCUGGAACUCGAUCUAGAGGAGGUCUAUCACUACAGCGACUAUGAGGAGGAUGAGCCAGGAGAGCAGUAUUUCCAGAACCUUCCCACCACCACCACUGCAGCCAAUCCCGGUCUUGGCCACGCCCCGUCAGCCUCUCCGUCCCCCUGCCUCAGCACUGGCCAUGUCUCUGCAGAGUUCUCAGUGCACUACCCGGGUAAGUGCAUGGCCCACACCAGCUCCACUUACACGUUCACUACCUGCAGGAUCCUCCACCCAUCUGAUGAGGUCACUAGAGUCACUCCCAGUCUAAACCCUGCCCCAACCUCCUCAUGUGCGAUGUCAUCCAGCCUUCGCUCCACCCCCGCGGCCACGCCCUGCACGCCACGCCGUUUAAGCCUCUCCCAGUCCCAGUCCUUCACCAACUUACGUGACUCUACGAAGACCUUCAGCACGUCACUGGGGUUAGUGCGCCUCCUACAGGAGCGUGGGAUCUCUGCAGCCGUCUAUCAGCCGCUUAGCUGGGACAGGGUGAGUGGUGGUGUCCAUUUAUCCACCUCUGUCCUCCCUCCAUCGUCCCCUCCGGACUCUCAGAAACCCUCCACUCCACCAAACUCCCCUGCCCGACACACUCCAAGCCCCCACGCUGUUGAUCCGGACAACCCUGCUGACUUUUCGUUCAAAAGCCCAUCCUAUGAGAACUUCCUAGCCUCUAAGCCAGCACGGUCCAUUCUGAAAGAGGUGGCGGGGGUGACUCAGGCGAGGGAUUGUGAGAGCCAGACGGAUGUCAGCGUGUACAACCUGAACCUGGUGGAUAAGCUAAAGAGGCUGGGGCUGGCAAGUCCAGGAGCCAGUGGGAUCUCAGGGCCGCAUCCCAUACUGGGCCCGCUAGGUGGCCUGAGGAGGACAGGCUCUCCUUUUACACCCCUAAAUGAAGGGUUAAGGCGCAAUCGAAGCUACCCAGCUGUGGUCGGAGCAAGCAUGGCUAUGAAGGGCCCUGGACCCCAAGGAGACGAGAUGAUCCUAGCUCCGAAACUUCCCAAGCAGACUAGUCUCAAAUAGACUACACAUAAACACUCAAAAUACUGUAUUAUAUGUAUAUAAGUUUAAGUUAUGCCCUCCAAAAGCAAAAUUCAGCCUGUUUGCACUAGAGCGCUCUCUGACUUGAAAACAGAGUCCUCUCUUACCUGCCCAUAACCCUAUAUAUAUAUAUUACGCACAGUAGUGUGCAAAACCCAAAGUAGAGCUUCAACACUUUCCCUCACAGACAUUUAGGGGGUAAUACCAUAAAGAAAGAACCAUCAAGCAUUAAACCAGGCAAAAUCAAUAUAAUUCAGGGUAAAUACAGGAAUUUCACCAACACUACAUGGCCAAUAGUAUAUGGACACCAGAUCAUCACACCCAUAUACAGUUUGCUUGUUGAACAUCUAAUUCCAAAAGCAUGGGCAUUAAUAUGGAGUUUUGGAGUGUGGUUUUGGGGAUUUGUGAUCAUUCAGUCACAAGAUCAUUAGUGAGAUCAGGCACUGAUGGUGGAUGAGGAGGCCUGGUACGCAGUUGGUGUUCCAGUUCAUCCCAAAGGUGUUCAGUGGGGUUGAGGUCAGGGCUCUAUGUAGGCCACUCAAAUUCUUCCACACCAAACUUGGCAUGCCGUAUCUUCAUGGACCUCGUUUUGUGUACAGAGGCAUGGUCAUGCUGGAACAGGUUUGGGCCUCUUAGUUCCAGUGAAGGAAAAUCUUAAUGCUACAGCAUACAAAGGCAUUCUAUACAAUUGUGUGCUUCCAAAUUUGUGCCAACGGUUUGGGGAAGAACCACAAAUGGGUGUGAUGGUCAGGUGUCCACAAACUUUGGGCCAUAUAGUGUACAGAAGGGGUGAGCAAUAUAGCAAUAUUUUAAGAGAUUUUCACGAUAUAUGAUAUGCAGGGAUGGAUUACGGACCGGGCCUAUUGGGCACUGACUAGCAAUUAGACUGACUGGCAAUUAUGCUAAGUCACACACAACACAUAUCAACAUCAGCGAGUUAAUAGAACAUGAGCCAAUGAAUGUAAAGCCACUGAUUCUGAAAUAAAUUUGGAAAUGUUA